AUGGACUCCUUGCCCUUCCGUCUGGUGCGGCCGAUGAACCGGCUGACACAGCUGGCCCUCAUGAAGCACUUGCGGCGUAAUUCAGAGCUGCUGACGACGUUCAACGCCAAGUUGAUUCAGCGGUAUGCCCUUCUCGACUAUGUGGAUCAUCGUGUAAUGCUGGAGCACCUUGCGGAGAAGGCGCAGCGGCCGCCUACGCCAGCGGUGCUGCUAGGUCUUCGACAGACACUGCAGGCCGUUCAGCGCUUCCCGCUUGAGCUGGAGGCCGAGAAACGCGCAUUCGAGGCCGCGUUGCUGGAGUCCGUUCUCGCCACACCGGCGGACACGCUGUCGUCUGUGGAGUACGUUGCCUUGUGGUCCUUCGCCACGCAAAUCACCGCGUGGAAUGACGUGUUGCGGCUAUCAAGCACCUUCCCGUUGCAGAGCACCCUCUCCCUUCAGAGCGAGAGGGAGUUUCGCGCCAUGCUGAACCAAAUGCUCAUGUCGGCUGUUCCCGUUUCAUCCACGCCUUCUGCGUCAUCCUCGGUAUCGCCCGUCGAUGACUCGCAGCCGCGUGGUGUGCAGUUGCUGAGGGAAUUGGUGGGGGAGACUACGGUCCUCACACGCGCAUUUGAGGGCCUCGCGGCGAGUGAUGCCUGCUGGACGGAACGGGAGUUUGCCGUAUGCACUUUUGUUGGUGUUGUGCACGCCUUGGGGCGGUGGCCGAGCGAUCGCAUCCCUGAGGCAGCUGCGUGGAAACGGCUUGCCCUGCACCCCACCACCUUCCACGAUGUGGAUCUGCACCAGCUGCUGCGGAUGUUAGUGCGGGUGUACAGCCCAGUGGUUCCAGAGUACGUGCGGGAGUCGCUGGCAGAGGCCUUUAGCACAGACUUGUGGCGCUGCUACUCUGAGCUUCCAAACGCACCGGUGGCCGUGUUUUUCGGGUUGGGGGAGUUGCAGCUGCGGUUCCCCACCGACGCUGCGGCAGACAAGCCAGCGGGCGGUAGUGACGCGAAGGCGACUCCGGAGGUUGCAACGACAAACACUGCACAUGGGCAGCUGCAAAAGACACUGCGGCGGCUGCAUGAAAGUGCUGUGGCGAAGCAAUUCCGCAAAGACGGACAGCCGCUGAGUCUCGUGGUACUCAUCAAUCUUCUUGUCGGUAACACAUUCCUGCAAGUGCACGGCGACCUUGUUUACGCCGUCAUUGCGGCGUUGAAGAAUACAUUGGAAAACACCUUGUCAUCAACGUCCCCAUCACAGCAGUCGUUGACGUCGUUGCAGGCGGCUAUUAUCGCCGCAUGCCUAGAUAAAGUGCAGCAUACCUUGACGGAGCCCCUUGCCGCUUCUGAUACACAGGCGUCAAAUGCACGCAAGGACGUCGAAGUGAUUGCGAGGCUGCUGGUGCCGCUGGUUAGUUACAUGCACCUAAGGGAACGGGGCUCUGCGCGAUGUGUGUCGAUGUUGCUCUGUGACUGCCCGCGCUGGACGAGAGAGUGGGGCCUGGAAGAUGGAUGUCUGCGGCUGCUGCGGGAACACGCACAGGACGGGUUCACCAGGGCACAACUGCAGAGGAUUAUGGACUGCGACAGUCGCGGUCUUUUGUCGCUUUCGGCAGAGGUGAAAAGGAGCCUUGAACAGCAGGCCGCGGUAUUGCCGCGCAGGUUAUAG